CAUAAACCCACUUUAGGAUAUAAAUCUACACAUCUACGAGAAUACAGACUGAGGACCACUACAACCUCUAUCCUCACCUCACUUCAAAACCCCUUUCCUCAAUCAUGUCAUCACCAUCCAUCCCCCUCUCCUCCAGCCUCACAUCAUCUGGCAUCGUAUUAUCCGUCAAAGUCUGGAUCCCCGUUGAAAAGCACGAAGACUUCUUCCACUUGAUGCGCCCCGUCUACGACGCUGUAGUGGCCGAACCCGAAUGUCGAUUCUUUGUCAUUACCAAAAAUCCACAAGAACCUGAAGCUAUCAGUUGGUUCGAGGGUUGGUCCAAGGAUACUGAUUGGUUGAUGAAUGUUCAAUUACAAAAGGAGUAUUAUCAGCCUUAUUUGGCAACGACGGAGAGUUGGUUUGUUAAACCGAGAUGGUUUGAGAUUUUGAGUCCGGUGGAUGGGUUGGUGAGUUUUAAAGUGCCGGAGAAAUAAGGAGGAAUGGGAAUG